AUGUCUUGGACAAGGCGUUUAUAUAAAAAUAUUUUAUUAAAAGUGCAUGCGUGUUCAUUUCCGUUUAAAACGUCAGAGCAAUUAAAUAAUAAUUACAGUAUCGUCAUGUCUGGAGACUGUAAACCAUCAGUAUUUUUUGUACUCGGUGCACCUGGUUCUGGUAAAGGUACUCAGUGUUCGAACAUAAUUAAAAAAUACACAUUUGAACAUUUGUCAGCGGGUGAAUUGCUUAGAACCGAACGUAAUUCUCCCGGAUCAAGAUUUGGCUCUCUUAUUGAAGAACACAUGAAGGGUGGUACCAUUGUCCCGGCAAAGAUAACUUGCAGUUUGCUGGAAAAUGGAAUGCACAAUAGUAACAUGAAUUAUUUUUUAAUCGAUGGAUUUCCAAGGAAUCAAGAAAAUGUAGACGAGUGGAAUAGGGAAAUGUCGAAAAAGGUUAAUCUCCUUGGAGUUUUGUUUUUCGAUUGCAAUGAAAAUGUUUGCAUAAGCAGAUGCUUGAACAGGGGAGCAUCCGGUUCGGGUCGUUCCGAUGACAAUGAGGAUAGCUUAAAAAAAAGAUUUGUCACAUACAAAUCAGAUACCAUGCCAGUAAUAGAUCAUUUUAAAGAAAAGAAAUUAGUUUACACAUUAGACAGUAAUAGAAAUCCUCGUGAUGUUUUUUUAGAUGUUGAAAAAAUUUUAAAUAAAAUCGCUCCUAUGUCUGUUAAAAAAUAA